AUGGAUGAGGAUCAGGAUCUUGAUUCUCACAACAGCCGGCUGCCAGUUUCACCAAGAUUUCAGCAAGAUUCCAGCAGGAGUUUGUCUCACCAGGUGCCGUCAGAGUUUCUCCAAGGCAUCCCUUUCCGCUACCUUUUGGCCAGGGCUGGAAGACCUUUCAAAGCGGAAGAUUCCUCUGUGGGUCGCAGGAACUUAAGGCGAUGUUUAGAUUUUGAUGCUUUCAUCAGUCAUGACUGGCAGACAUCUCAUUGGUUGAAGUAUGGCUCUCUGCUUCUGCUCUUCAAUGUGAAAGCUGCUGCGGUUGCAACAUUACUAUUUAGCACAGCGGCAGGCUUGCUUAUCCAGUACAAGGUGUUGCCUCAGACUGGUUGGGCGAUAUCCAUUGGCUACCUAGCCAAGGUUGGCGUUUCUCGACAAGCUGACUAUACCACAGGAAGACCAGAGAGCAAAAGAAACGUGCAUUCUUGGACUGGCGGGAUUCUUGAAACAUUCGAAGAAAUUGGUGAUUUGUGGUCUGAAUCCUACAUUGACCGUGUUUGGUGUGUCUACGAGUUUGCGACGUUCAUGCGAAUUCACCGCGGAGAGAGGCCAGUGCAAGCAAUCCCUGUGGCGCUUCCCUUGUUGUUGUUGGUGCACUUUGCUUGGUGGUUUGCCGUUCGGAAUAUGAUCUUGUUCAUCGCGCUCGGGACUGGGGAUGCCCAAAAUUUCUUCCCAACGGUGUUGCUGUGCAGCAUCAGUGUUUUCGUGAUAUUUCUCUUCACCUACCCGUGUCAAUCCCUCAUUGGCAUGCGCAUGACCCAGAACUUGACGGAGCUCAACAGGAAGCUUCGCCGUUUCGAGGUUCAAGCAGCCAAAUGUUCCUGCUGUUCCAAAGGUCACAGGACGCCUGAUGGAGAGCUGAUCCCGUGUGAUCGGGAACUGAUUUAUCAGAGUUUCUCAGCGUGGUAUGAUACCAAGACCACAGAGAAUCUGACUGGACUUGACAUGUUCAAUACAGCUGUUCGACAUGAAUAUGGGACUCAGAUUUUGCAGGCCUGUGACGGUUCACAGUUGAUUCCAUUGAACCUGUUCGUCUACGUGGUCUUCAGUAUCAAUACGCCUUUCUUGAUACGCCAAAUCCCACAGGCCGGGUAA